GACGUCCUUCCCCUCCGCCCGUGAUGAUGUGAUAAGAAAAGCAGCUCCGGCCUCCUGUCUGUUUGUCCUCCAAUCACGUCGUCUGUCUGCAUUCGAAAGUCUUUCUCCAGACUCGGUCAGAGACGCGAGCGUAUAUAUAAUCCCGAGAGAAACGCGGCACUGUUUACCGUCUCACCGCUGCAGCGCCGCGUCUCGUACAUCAUGUGUUCCCCAAAGAAACCGCCGAGCUCUGGGAUUAGAUUGCGCCGUCAAUGUAUCAGAAACCUGGAACCCAGCAUGAAAAAGGCGAGCAGGCCCUCAGGUGCCUCCAGCAGAACCUCAGGAGGCAGUAAAACCAGAUCUGAGCCCUGCAGCACCAUGGGUACUGGAGGAAAGAACACCACCAAGAACCCCAACCCCGCCCUGUCCAAGACGAAGAGCAACGAUGAUCUGGUCGCAGUGAGCGCAGGAACCGGAGGAGCCUCGGUGGGUAACGGCAGCAACACCGCCGCCAGGAGCAAGAGGAACACCGGCUCGGCUCCGAGCAACACCGAGACCAAGAGCAAGACCACCUCAGGUUCCUCAGCGAGGCGUGGGACGUCCUCAUCAGUGAAGGACCCUGGAGUGGCCUGUGAGAGAUCUGGUGCUGCCAGAAAACAGUCUGGACCAUCUACCUCUGCACCUUCAAAGCGCUCCCGCUGUCGCACCUCCACCGAGUCCGACAGCCAGGCGAACAAAUCUCGCUCCGAAAUCAGCAACAAAGCCAUGCUGGAGUCCCGGGUCAAGGAUCUGCUGGGCCUGGCCAAGAGCAAAGAUCUGGAGAUCCUGCAGUUACGCUCAGAGUUGCGUGGAAUGAGGGCUCAGCUGGGCCUGGAGGAGGAGAACCCUGAGCAAGAGGAGUUGUCGGAGGAACCCCAGGAGAAGGAAGCCAGUCCUGGGAUCAGCGCUGCUGACGUGGAGUCCACAUUGCUGCUCCUGCAGGAUCAGAACCUGGGCAUUCGUGGAGAGCUGAACCUGCUGAAGAGCGAGAACCGUAUGCUAAAGGACAGACUGAAUGCUCUCGGGUUCUCUCUGGAGCAGAGGCUGGAUAGUCCUGAGAAGAGUCUGAGAUGUGCCUCACUCAGUCCAGAACCUACCACGAGCGCUGGGACUAGCAGCAGCAGCGGUGGGGAUGGAGGAACCCGGACGUCCUCAGCUGAAGGUUCUGCCAGAGGUUCCACUGAAGACUUGCUGUCUGAUUCUAGACGAGUGGGCUCUCCAGAUGUCCCGGACAGUGAAUGCAGUGAACCCUGCCAGGCUGUGAUGUCCAGCGACGACGCCCUGGACGCACCUUCUGGCUGCGGUUCAUCAUCCGAGUCGGAAGGCGGCUCCCCAGGCCGGAGACGCUCGCGCCGGUGCAGUAGUGGAAACGCUAGCGAGGUCUCAGUGGCAUGCUUAACGGAACGCAUCCAUCAGAUGGAGGAGAGCCAGCACAGCACAUCUGAGGAGCUUCAGGCCACCCUGCAGGAACUCGCUGAUCUUCAGCAAAUCGCCCAGGAGCUGAGCACAGAAAAUGAGCGCAUGGGCGAGGAGCGCGUCAUCCUGGUGGACUCCCUUCGCCAGCAGGGUGAGCGUCUGGAGAUCUACCACCGGCAGCUGGACUACCUACGAGGUCUGCUGGACGAGCACCGCGUAGCUUAUGCCAAAGACGAUGAAGAUGCCAAGAGCAGCCGCUACAUGGAGCUGGAGCGCCGCUACGCUGACCUCACCGAGAGUUCCCAUCACGAGAGGGAGCAGCUGCUCGGGGUGCAACAACAGCUCAGCAGUGCCCUGAAGCUAGCCGAGCAGGAGAACGCCGAGUCACAGGGGCUGAUGGGAGCUCUGAAGGAGCGGGUACACCUGGCAGAGAGGGCGGCCGAGCUGGAGCGAAGAGAGCGCGACGCCACCGCCGUGGAACUCAACGCCAUGAGGAUGCAGGCCGCGGAGGAGCAGGUCGACCUGAACCGCUGCAGGAUCCAGCUGGAGCAGGAGAGGCAGAGGGUCGCUCAGCUCCUCUCCAUCCAGGGCGGCGGGGACAAGGCCGACAUACGCCACCUGCUGGACGGCGAGAGGUUAGACAAAGAGCGAGCUGAGACCAGAGCUGUCCAGCUGGAGGACGAACUCCAGCACACUCGCAGUGAGGCCGGCCAGCUCAAGGAUGCACUACGUAAGCUGGAGUCGGAUUUCCAGGCGUUCCGGGACGAGGUGCAGAAGCAGCUGGCGGAGCAGAAGCGAGUUUUGGCGCAGCAGUGCUCCGAGCUGGAGGAGAAGGACACCGAGAUCGCCGACAUGAAGGAGACCAUAUUUGAGCUGGAGGACGAGGUGGAGCAGCACCGAGCCGUCAAGCUCCACGACAACCUCAUCAUCUCCGACCUGGAGAACUCCCUCAAGAAGCUCCAGGACCAGAAAUACGACAUGGAGAGAGAGAUAAAGACGCUCCACCGUAAACUGAGGGAGGAGUCGGCGGAGUGGAGGCAGUUCCAGGCUGAUCUUCAGACGGCCGUGGUUAUCGCCAACGAUAUUAAAUCUGAAGCUCAGGAGGAGAUCGGGGACCUGCGGCACCGCCUGCAGGAAGCUCAGGAGAAGAACGAGAAGAUGAGCAAGGAGCUGGACGAGCUCAAGAACAGGAAGCAGGACGAGGAACGUGGGCGUGUCUUUAACUACAUGAACGCGGUGGAGAGAGAUCUGGCGGCUCUGAGACAGGGGAUGGGACUCAGCCGUCGUUCUUCCACCUCGUCUGAACCCUCACCCACCGUCAAAACCCUCAUCAAGAGCUUCGACAACGCCUCACAGGGUCCUAUUCCCACUAGUCCAGCGUCGGCUGUUCCAGCUGUGGUUGCGGCUGCGAUAUCCAGGACCCCCCUCAGUCCGAGUCCCAUGAAAACUCCACCUGCUGCAGCCGUUUCUCCCAUACAGAGACACUCAAUCAACACGCCCAAGUCCCUCUCCUCUCUGGUGGAUAAGAGGAGCGGCUACCCCGAGCUCAGCCUACCUGUGUCUCGUAGGAGCAGUGAGGAACUGAAGAGGGAUCUGUCAGUCACAGAUUCACCCAGUGCUACGUCUCUCAUGACUUUGGGCGCCGCCUCCCCUCAGCUCUCGUUAUCUUCAAACUCCUCCUCCCCCACAGCCUCGGUCACGCCCACUACCCGUGGACGUUUACGGGAGGAGAGGAAGGACCCCCUCGCUGCUCUGGCCAGAGAAUAUGGAGGAUCGAAGAGGAACGCUCUCCUCCGGUGGUGCCAGAAGAAAACUGAAGGUUAUCAGAAUAUAGACAUCACUAACUUCAGCAGCAGUUGGAACGACGGUUUGGCGUUCUGCGCCGUUCUGCACACGUACUUACCAGCUCACAUCCCGUACCAGGAGCUCAACAGCCAGGACAAGAGACGGAAUUUCACGCUGGCGUUUCAGGCAGCAGAGAGCGUCGGCAUCAAAUCUACACUGGACAUCAGUGAGAUGGUUCACACCGAGAGGCCCGACUGGCAGAGCGUGAUGACCUACGUCACCUCCAUCUAUAAAUACUUUGAGACCUGAACUGUCUCCGCUCCUGCGCCGGCUCCCGUACGUGUCGGAGACGCCACUGUGACUCCUCAGAACCUCGGGGGUCCAGAACCGACUGACUCGCCUGUGUGUGUGUUCACAUCCCGCUGCUACAUGCUAGCAUGUUCUCACAGACGCUAAAGCUCACGCCAGCGCGCUUCUCUUCACCUGUGAGCUCCUGUAUCGCUAAUCAGGAAGUUCUGGCGACUCUGAGCCUUAAGCUACACAGCAGGCCGUCGUUUAUAAACUAUUAUUAUUAUUAUUAUAAUAUAAUCAUUAUUAUGAAACAUUUACUGCACCGUCACGCUGUUUACUGAACAUUCUGAAAUGUACACCGAUACUCCAGAUACGCUCGAUUAGCCACGACGUCGGUUUAGUGUGUCAAAUUAGCUGCUUUAUUUUCAUAACGUCGCUAACAACUAACACCCUACGUGGUCAAAAGUAUUGGGACGCUUUUUUAAAUGACUGAAUUCACAUGUUUUAGCCACAACAGUUACUAACAAAUGCAGUAGAUGUAGCAGGUGCUUCUGACUGUGCAGCAACAGUUUAGGGAAGGUCCUUUCCAGUUCCUGCACAGAGGCCUGAGCUCAGCCCGACUCAACAGCUCUGGGAUGAAUCAGAACACCAAUAUGAGCAAUCUUGUGACUGAACGGGCACAAAUUCCCACAGUUUUGCAAGAAUCUCCUCAGAGGAGCAGCUGUUCUUCCAGCUAAAUAUAAGCUCACAGUCAGGCGUCCGAAUACUUUUGGCUGUGUAGUGUAUGUAACCACAGACCUGCGUUGUUAUUAUUUACAUUCCAGCGGUUGUGUGUUAGGGGCCUUGUUUAAGGGCCCGACCUUGUUGCUGAGCGGUGUGUGAUGUUUGUUGUGUAGAUGUUAUGUCUGCCUGGUUUAAACGUGUAGGAUCCAAACGUAGAGGUGCUAGCAUCAGUACGCGCGGUGCUAAACCUGCAGCGCCGGAGACGUUCCCACGAUGCCGUUAGUGUCUGGACGGUGUGGCGGAGGAGUGUGUGUGUGUGUGUGUGUGUGUGUGUGUGCAUAUGUGUGUGUGUAUGUGUAUAAAUAAGUGUGUGUGCAUGUAUGUGUGUGUGUGUAUAAGUGUGUGUGUGUGCAUGUGUGUGUGUGUGUAUGUGUAUAAAUAAGUGUGUGUGUGUGUGUGCGCAUAUGUGUGUGUGUGUGUAUGUGUAUAAAUAAGUGUGUGUGUGUAUAAGUGUGUGUGUGUGUAUGUGUAUAAAUAAGUGUGUGUGUGUAUAAGGUGUGUGUGUGCAUAUGUGUGUGUGUAUGUGUAUGUGUAUAAAUAAGUGUGUGUGUAUGUGUGUGUGUAUGUGUAUAAAUAAGUGUGUGUAAGUGUGUGUGUGUGUGUGCAUGUGUGUGUGUAUGUGUAUAAAUGAGUGUGUGUAUGUGUAUAAAUGAGUGUGUGUGUGUAUAAAUGAGUGUGUGUGUGUAUAAAUGAGUGUGUGUGUGUGUAUAAAUAAGUGUGUGUGUAUAAAUAAGUAAGUGUAUGUAUAAAUGAGUGUGUGUGUGUAUAAAUAAGUGUGUGUGUAAAUAAGUGUGUGUGUGUAUAAGGUGUGUAUGUGUAUAAAUGAGUGUGUGUAUAAAUAAGUGUGUGUGUGUGUGUGUGUGUAUAAAUAAGUGUGUGUGUGUGUGUAUAUAAAUAAGUGUGUGUGUGUGUGUGUGUGUGAGCAGUUUCAGGUAUCAGCAGGUGUGAAGCCCCUGAAACUCUGAGCUCCUUUUAUUCCUUUAUUUUGUGAAUCGGUAACUUCAUGCCUCCCGGCCGCUGCAUGUAGAUGCUAAUCAGAACCGGUCCGCACCCCGCUACACGACUGUAUGCUAAUCAACAGCGUGAAACUCUCACACUCCAUGGACAAAAGUAUUGGGACACCACUUCUAGAUUUUUCAUUCAUGUGUUUUGAUGACAUGCUUCUCACUUUGCAGCAACAGUUUAGGGAAGGUCCUUUACCCUGCACAGAGCCCUGAGCUUCACUCAACAGCUCUGGGAUGAACCGGAACACCGACUGAUCCAUCAGCGCCCAGCCAUACUGACUCAGUGGGCACAAAUUCCCACAGACAGACUCUAUAAAGCCUUGUGGGAAGGUUUGCUCUGUUUUAACACUAAGCUGAUGGUCUGGUGUCCCAAUACUUUUGGUCUGCACUGCAGUGAUUCAGUUGUAAAGAGUUUCGCUCGUUUAGAGUCACGUCAGGAUUUCAUGACUGUUCUGAUUUGAGGUGAAAUGAAACGUGGAUUUCAGUCGUGGUCCCGGUGUGCACGUUACGAUGUAAAGCCUGCUUGGCCGUGGACAGUCACCCGUUUCAUGACACUUGGUUUUUGAUGUGCCUUGCUGAAUGUUUUGGCUCUGAUAGUGUGAUCUGCUCUCUCUAAUCACCUGCCUGCUUUACUUCUCCAUUAAUGCAGUCGGAUUAGCCCUAUUUAUAUGGACACAGAGAAGUGGAGCAUGAUCAGUAAUGAGGAAUUAGGACGCCGUGCAGAAUCAUCUACGUUGCUGUGUGUGUUUUUAUUCUGGACCCCAGAUUUUUCAGAAAGUCUUUUUUAUUAAAGGAAUAAGCUUGUUUUAUUUGUUCAGUCACAUAAAAGGUGCAUAAAUCAUAAAGUAGCUCAAUAAAAAUAAUAGAAAUAUAUUUAUAACAGCUGACCAAACGUUCUGCUCACUAACACAGUAAUACAGUAAAUACCAUAUUUGUUUUUUGUUGUUUUUAAUAUGAAAGGUGUGAAAGGUUCUGUAAGAGUGAAUUAUUCUGUUAAAUUUCUAUUUGAUUAUUGUAUUUCACCUAAUAGAAGAAAUUAAAUAUAU